AUGCCGGAAUACUCAAAGAUGAAGAACGCCGACCUCGAGGCACUCCUCAAGGAACGCGGUCUUCCUCAUGCUGGAAAGAAGGCAGAUAUGGUCGACCGUCUGACCAAGGACGACGAGAAGGCUGGCUCCGGCGCCGUCUCUGCUGAUUCGAAACCUGCAGUCAAUGCCGAGGACGAGAUUGACUGGGACGACGAUGAGCCUGCGAAGGCUGCGCCUGCAGCAACGGAAGAAGUCACAACAAACGCCGAGACGGUGGAGAAAGCCGGUGGAGAAGGCCAACCGCCAAAUCCUCCAGCCGUUCCCAAUCAGGUAGCCGACAUCGAUCCUGCCAAAACUGACGAUCUCUCGGUUCAGGCGCCAACCGAGGGUGCCGAAGCCACGACCGAAGAGACGGCGGAGCCUGCUCCUGACUAUGCAAAAGGCCUUGCAGCCACCAACAUCGACGACGAGAUCGAGCGCCGCAAAAAACGUGCCCUGAAAUUUGGCACCAACAUCGAGGAUGACGAGGGGCUGAAGAAACUCGAGCGCAUGAAGAAGUUCGGAGAGAAAGGUCAGGUCCAAGGUCUUGAUGAAGCCCUUCCUGAGCGCACCCAAAAGCGCGGGCGGGAAGACAAGGAUGACGCAGGCGCAAACAAGCGCCGCGACGGAGGCAGACCUGCUCGUGGUGGACGAGGAGGUGGCAGGCGCGACAACAGGAACGAACGCAGUCGCCGAGACAGCAGGAGCCCGCGAAGAGAACGGGUCCCACGAGCGGCCCCUACAUACAACGACAAAGACAAGGCUGCGGCAGAGGCGAGGAAGGCCAGGUUUGCAAAGCCUGCGGCUUAA